AUGGGCCUGCAGCUCUCUGUCUCUGAAGAGGAGCAGCAGCACUGUGAGCAGGAGUGGAGUCACAGUCUGGGGCAGGAGGACCCAGAGUCCACACAGAUUAAAGAGGAACAGGAGGAUCUCAGGACCAGUCAGGAAGAAGAGCAGCUUCAAGGGCUCUUUGUUACCAAAGACUCCAUAUUCACUCCUCCUUGUGUAAAAAGUGAACGUGAUCAGGAGGACCCACUUCAGUCCUUGACUCUUCCCCAAACCCAGACUGUGGAGAACCGAGAGAGUGACUCUAAACCAGUGGAUCUCAAACCUUUUGUCAUUGUGAACCACAUUAAGGGUCUCAACAUUCCCUGUGACCCUCCAGAUAAUCAAAACAAUGCCUCCAGCCACAGUUCAGCUGUAAGCAGUGACACAGUAGGAUUUGACAACAGUCCACCAUUGGAUCCCAGCCCACCAUUGGAUCCCAGCCCACCAUUGGGGGAACACUGUUCCAAACCCAGCAUCACAUCUAGAAAAACUUACCACUGCCGUGACUGUGGUGAAGCGUUUGCUCUGAAAGCUGACCUGCAGAGGCAUAUGAUUCUCCCCAAGAAGAGACCCAGUGAAUGCAGCUUCUGCAAUAAACACUACAACACCACCUGUAAACUGAAGGCCCAUGUCCGACUCUGUCACGGUGGGAAACCCUAUAUCUGCCCUGUUUGUGGCAAGACCUUCAAAUACAAAGGAGGUCUCCCCAGGCACAUGAGGAUUCACAAAGGAGAGAAACCUUUUAGCUGUGGUGACUGUGGGAAAAGCUUCAAUCAGAAGGGGAACCUAACUGAACAUAUACUGAUUCACACAGGAGAGAAACCUUUUAGCUGUGGUGACUGUGGGAAAAGCUUUGGGCUCAAGCGGUACCUAACCAUGCAUAAACUGACUCACACAGGAGAGAAACCAUUUAGCUGUGGAGACUGCGGGAAAAGCUUUAAUCGCAAGGCGGUCUUAACUAUGCAUAUACGUACUCACACAGGAGAAAAACCAUUUAUCUGUGGUGACUGUGGGAAAAGCUUCCGGCAUAAGGGGUGCCUUAAGAUACAUGUACUGACUCACACAGCAGAGAAACGAUUUAGCUGCGGUGACUGUGGGAAAAGCUUCGAUAAGAGGGGGAACCUAAAAGUGCAUUUACGGACUCACACAGGAGAGAAAUCUUUUAGCUGUGGAGACUGUGGGAAAAGCUUCAAUACGAGGGGGAACCUGACCAGGCAUAUACGGACUCACAGCAGAGAUAAUUCCUUUCGCUGUGGUGAUUGUGGGAAAAGCUUCAAUGAGAAGGGGCACCUAAAUGAUCAUAUACGAACUCACACAGGAGAGAAACGAUUUAUCUGUGGUAACUGUGGGAAAAGCUUUAAGCAUAAGGGGUGCCUUAAAAUACAUAUAUUGUCUCACACAGGAGAGAAACCGUAUAGGUGUGGUGACUGUGGCGAAAGCUUCGAUGAGAAGGGGCACCUAAAUGAACAUAUACAGACUCACACAGGAGAGAAACCUUAUAGCUGUGGUGACUGUGGGGAAAGCUUCAAUCAGAAGGUGGACCUAAAGAGGAAUAUACGGAUUCACACAGGAGAGAAAUCAAAUGGCUGCUCAGUCUGUGGUAAAAGAUUCACUCAGAAGUCUCAUCUGCUGAGGCAUGUGGAUAAAGUCCACAAAGGAAGAAAACAAGACAGAAACUGAAAGAGUGAAGAGCAUUAGGACAAAGAGAUUGUUUGUCAGGUAAGUGAAUAAAAAGGCAGGAUGUGGACAAAUCUCUUUGGAAGCAACAGUGAGUUAUGGCCCUCAUCAAAUAUGCAGACGACAUGGCUCUGGUUGCUUGCCUGGAGGUCAAGUCCAUCUCCAGCUACUCCCAGUUCAUUGACUGCCUCUUGACGUGGUUUGACAAUAGCUUCCUUGACUUUAACGUCACCAGGACUAAAAAACUGUGCCUUGGAGGAAAUACAUUUUUGGGGAAAACAGAAGCCCUUCUCUCGAGCUUGUCACCAUGGAAGGACGUGGAGCAAGUCACACGUUUUAAAUACUUGGGGACAAUUUUCGACCACAAACUUAGCUUCCAGUAAAACACUGACCUCAUCUACAAAAAGGCAAGGUAGUUUCUUUCUCUGGUUUCUUUCUGUACUUAAGAAACUAUGACGUUUUAAUGCAAGCAAACUCACACUGAUCGUGGUAUACAAAUCCCUGAUUGAGUGUUCUCAAUUACAAUUCUGGUACCUCUCAGUGAUGUUUCAGUUUUUGUUUCAUUCUGACAUUUCAUUCUGACAUGUAAAUGUUUAAUGUACUUCAUUCUGACAUGUCGUGGAAUAUUCUAAUCAAGUGAGAGAGACUUUGUCAUUUCUUCAAACAAUCAUCUUUAUUUAAUAUCGAUUAAUUAUUGCAAUAAUGAAGCUGGUCGACCCCACACUCUGAAGUGUGUUGCCGAGAGCUUAACCUUACAGAAAGUGCAGAACUCUUUAUAUAAUAGAUCUAAGAAUGCUUUGCCAUGGCCGGUUCCACUACAGAUCAGGGGGCAUUAUAAGCUACCUUGGGUUCAUCUUGUGGUUAUCUGCACCUGGUGGUGUUUUACCCCCUCCCCCCAACCCGGCUUAGUCUCUCAGAUGCCAGGAUGAUUAGAAACAAAGAGGGAUUGUUCUACUACUAAGCUAUCUCUAGUAAACCCCUUGACCAUACGGCCAGACUAGCUGCAGGGAGAUAGAGUGGAGACCAUCCCUUUACAAAACACAGCAUUAGUAGAAUAUAAAUGUCUUCUACACCUGCAUUGUAAAUGUGCUUCUACACCUGCAUUGCUUGCUGUUUGGGGUUUUAGGCUGGGUUUCUGUACAGCACUUUGAGAUAUCAGCUGAUGUACGAAGGGCUAUAUAAAUACAUUUGAUUUGAUUUGAUUACUAUUUGUUAAGUAUAUAAUUGUUACUAAGAUCAAACAAUGUAAAUGUAAAUAUAUAAUUUUUCUCUCACACGUGUAAAUGUUUCAUGUGUUUCAUUCUGACAUUUCAUUCUGACAUGUAAAUGUUUAUUUAAUGUGUUUCAUUCUGACGUAAAUAUUUAUUGUGUUUCAUUCUGACAUGUAAAUAUUUAUUGUGUUUCAUUCUGACAUGUAAAUGCUGCUUCUUAACACAGCGCGCUUCCAACCCGGAAGCCAGCCGCACCAAUGUGUCGGAGGAAACACCGUGUA